AUGUCUUCCGAACUACAACGAAAUUACUGCACUGUUGAACAACCUCAAGCGGUAUCUCUACGCCGUCUGCCUAGUCUGCCAACAGCUCGGCAGGCGCGACCCCUCCCUCCUGUACCCCGUCCGCUGGCUUGCAGGCGUUGCAAGACGUGUGUAACGUCCAUCGGAGUGUUACUUCCUUUGACCAAAAUCCCUGUUCAUGCUCGCGCAUUCAGAGGAUUCAAUGGGAAAGCCUCAUUAUUUACUGAUAUUCACAAUGUCAACCUUUCGCCUCCCGUAAUGCAUUUGAUGAACACCGGCGCCCACACAAUGCAGCAGAUAUCAUGCCAGAAGUGUUCAGCAUACCUUGGAAUGCACGUCGUUCGGGCCCAUAGCCAUUCAGAACGCUGGAAGGAGGGUCACUAUCUCCUGGAACUUGAAAACCUUACCGCCGUUGUGAAACGCCGGAGGAUUCACCCACCAUCCUCGUCCUCUGACUCUGACGACAGUAGCUGA